AUGUCCAACCGUACAUUCGCGGCGCCUCAACGUCCACAGCCCGUCCGAUACCAGGACCACAUCGGCUCGCUCUCGCGCUCCGAGAAGACCAUCCAGCGCGUUCUCUCGCAGUCGACACGCGUGCAUGUCCUUCGCGACAAGAUGGAGACCCCGCGGGCCGCAGAGUUAGAGGCUCUAGCACAGCAGUUAGGCGCGCAGGUGACGAGUGGUCCGGAAGCGGCCAAUGUAGUCGUGACGGUGUUGAAGGCGCCGAAGCGGGUGCUGAAGUGGUUUGCGGAUGGAGAGGUGAAUGUUGUGGCUCGGAAGGAGGAGGAGCUGGCGGUGGUGGCCGAAGGAGGGGAGGGGCAGGUGGAGAAGAGGCUGGGUGAGGGUGUGGGGAGGGACUGGAGACGGUUCGUGGUGACGCCGGAGUGGCUGGAGGCGGUUAGGACGGAAGGGACCUUGGUUGACCCUGAUAUAUUCCCUGCUGUGAAGCUGAGGGUCGAAGGGGGAAGAGGAGACGAAACGCAGGCGGAAGCAGCAGUGGCUGGAACGAUAGAUCGAAAGAGGAAACGAAGCCCAAGCGACUCACCCCUCCUUCCGACCACACGCACUUCCGCCCCUCCCAAAGCUCGACGCAAGCCUUCGUCGCCCUCCUCACCAUCACCCUCGUCCUACUACGACCCGAUCUACCCACCCUCCCCCUGUCCCCGCUGGCAGAACACACGCUAUGCAUGCCGUCGACCCUCGCCACUCUUUUCGCGCAACCAGCCGCUCAUCGCCGAACUCGAGACGAUCCGCAACGAACGCCGCCUGACCGGCGACACGUACUCGGAAAUGGCCUACAUGCGCGCCAUCUCCGCCCUGAAAGCCUUUCCCUUUCCCAUUCCGGACGCCGUACUGGACCCGCCGGACGUGUUCGACGCGGCGCUGCUCGAGUUGCGGCUAAGCGAGGUGGAGAAGCUCAAGGGUGUGGGUAAGAAGGUGUUCAGCCUCAUCAAGCAAUUCUACUCUUUCAAGGGGGACAAGAAGGAGGGGAGGAUUGUCGAGGCGAAAGUGAUACGCAGGGACAAAGCCGUGUAUGUCAUGAACGCCUUCACGGAGCUGUAUGGGAUUGGACCCAUCGGUGCGCGCGAGGCGUACAACGGCGGUGCGAGAUCAUUCGCGGAUGUCCUGCAUCGUGGCAAGUCGUUGGCCACACAUCUGUCGGCGAAAGAGUCGGUUCGAAUCUUGGGGGAUCUCAGGAAACCGAUAGGCAGGGAAGAGUGUAGAGCCAUCACGGAGGAUAUCAUGAAGCUGGUCCGAGCGGUGCUGGCGGACGAGGUGCAGGUCAAGUACGAGAUCUGCGGAGGGUAUAGGCGCGGGAAGGAGCGAACGUUUGAUCUCGACGUCAUCAUCGGGCAUGGCGAAGCGCCCAGCCGAGCGCUACACAUGCGCCUGUUGGACGAAAUGAAAAGCAAAGGCCUCAUCACCCACAUCGUCAACGUGAGCACUCCCGCUUCGUCCCUUCUGGACCCCGAACCCACCGCACCCUCUACCAGCAGCACCAGCAACGACGGCGUGGCAGUCCACAUCGACAUCGCCAACAUCGUCGUGCUCCCCAGCCUCUCAUCCUCUUCCUCUCCUCACCCCAUCCACCGGCGCGUAGACCUGGUCUUCUGCCCGCUCCGCGUCUACGGCGCCACCGUGCUCGGCUGGACCGGCAGCAUGACGUUCGAACGCGACCUCCGACUGUGGGCGAAGAGCAAAGGGUUCAACUUCAGCUUUGACGGCUUGACCAACCUGGCCGAAGAGAGUCUGGUCGAGACAAGGGAUGAACGGGAUGUGUUCGAGGCGCUGGGGUUGGAGUGGGUGCCCCCGGAAUGGCGCAACUGUGACGCUUGA